AUGGAUCAACCCAACCUAAAUAUGAGACAGAGGAUGUUGUUGGAUGUGGUGAAAGAUUAUGACUGCAAGAUCUUGUACCAUCCGGGCAAGGCUAAUGUGGUAGCUGACGCCCUGAGCCGUAGAGCAGAGGGUGCUCCGAUCCAAGAUGUGUGUAUGAGGAUGACGGUGAUGACUUCAGUCUUAGAUAUCAUUUGGGAGGCCCAGGUGGAGGCCGUGAGACCGGAGAACCGCAAGAGGGAGCGGGUGAUUGGUCAGGUGUCCGAGUUUGUGACGGAUAGUCGAGGGCUUAUGACCUUCCGAGGGUAG